CUUUUCGUCCGAAAUAUUCCACCAUGGUCAUCCUCGGGAUUGACGUGAUUUCCGACAUUGUUUGUGCAUGGUGCUACAUUGGGAAGCGGAGGCUGGACAGGGCCAUCGCCCUGUAUAGAAAGACUUAUCCGGGCGGACGCGAUGAUGUGUUUCAGAUCACAUGGCGGCCGUAUUAUCUCGAUUAUAACACCUCCUCCCCGGACAGUAUCGAAAAGAGUGAACUGGCCGAGAAGAAGCUGGCCGGGAUGAGGCCAGAACAACGGACGGCGUUGACACAGCGGAUGUCUCAACUGGGGCGAUCCGUUGGAAUCAACUUCAAAUGGGGAGGGAGAAUUGGGAGCACGCGUGAUGCGCAUCGACUCAUUCAUUUGAGUCAGACCAAAUCCGAGGAUAUCACGAAUGCGCUUGUUGAGAAGCUAUUUGAGGCGUAUCACGAGUUGGAGAGGGAUAUUUCGUCACGGGAACUCCUUUUUGAAAUUGCUGUCGAUGCAGGGCUGGAUGCCUCGGAGGUGGAAGAGUAUUUAAACGGUUCUGGCAGUAGUACGGUGGAUGAGGAGGCUCAGAAGAAUAAAGAGACAUUCGGCUCAGUCCCAGUGUUUAUCAUUCAAGGAAUACGUCGACUUGAGGGGGCGCAAGAGUCGACGGACUUUAUGGAGAUUUUUGCACAGGUGAAAGAUUCAGGAUCUUCAUAGUACUGAUACACUCAUUGAUUCUGGAGGUGUAUAUAUGGCGGUAUAUACUCAUAUAACAUGGAUAAGUCUAUCGAAUUGAAUACGAUAUAUUACAGUGCUAUCAUCAUCACCAGUGUUUUAGCAUCACGAAUUUCAUCAUCUGGACAGCGGUCCUGACAGGCUGAUUUUUCAACAAUUAUCAGGUUGCCAUCAAACAUAUCUGAAGGUAUAAUGUGUAUGCUCUUCGUUCAGACACCGUGAACAACCAGUAUAGAUUGAAUCGAAAUAUAAUGAAGAUGCAGUGAAUCAUCCAAUAGAAUGCGUGGAUAUCAACAGGG